UUAUAUUUUAUAGAUCUAUACAAACACUAAUAUCAGAAAGUGAAGAAAAUCAAUAAUUUAAUUACGUUAAUUUCUAUUAAUAUUAUUUAGAAUUGAAAGUGUUUAUGCGUUGUCAGUUUAUGUAAAAUAUGUUUGAAAGUGAAGAUUGGAAUUUUGAUGAGGAAUUCUUGCAAGAUAUAGAUGAUAAAGCAUUAAAGUUCUUUUCACAUCUAGAAAAUGAGGAAAUAGAUUUACCUGUAAAAAAACGCAAAUUAAGCAUAAAUGAUAAUACUAUUACUUCACCUAAUAAGAUCGUCAAUAAGCAACAAAGUAUAACAAACAAUAACAAUGAAGAUUCCAAUGAAGUUGAUAUAGGUUAUACGUCAAGACAAAAUUUUGUGUUAGAUUUAUUUCAACAAACUUCGGAAACAAAAGAUGAUUCUAAAAGUAAAUAUAAGAAUCAAAAAUUAUAUAGUAGAGUGAAAUCAUGCACCGAAAAUACUUCACAAAAAAAUACCAUUUUUCAAGGACUGAAUGUAUCUAAAUUAGAAAAUGAUUUAAAUAUACAAAAAUUGAGAAAGAAUAUAGUACUUGACAUUCUUAAAAAAAAAAAUGUCAAAAAUUUAUCAGAUAAUAAUAAUAAAAUUUCUUCUAAUAAACUUACACAUGUUCAUCAAAGUCAGAAGAUUAUAAUUAGUGAGAAAAGUAAAGUUGAAUAUAAUAACUCAUUAAAGAAAUCAAAUUCUUGUCUACUAACAUCAUAUGGAUCAUCUUUCUUCUAUAAAAAUGAAACGCUUACUAAUAAUACAAUUUCUGACAUAAAAAAUUGUAAUCAAAAGUCAAUUAUAAGUAAAGAUCAUGACAAAAAACAAAAAAAAUUGAUACAAAAAGCAUCUAAAAAUUUGCAGCAACCAAUAAGCAAGAAUAUUAAUGACAAUAUGCAAGAUAUAUCUACAGAUUCAAGAAAAUAUUCAUUAAUACAACAUUUAAAACAUUUUACUUCAUUUAAUGAAGAAUUAGAUAAUAUAAAGCAUUCAUCUUUUAUAUUUAAAAUGGAGAAGCAGUCAAACAACAAAACAACUCUCAUAAGAAAAUUUCCAGGACCAGCUGGAUUACUACCAGAUGUCAUUGACACUUCAAAACUUUCAUCAUAUUUAAAAAAUCUAGAAGACAGGAGAAUUGAAGGCAUACAAAGUCAGAAGAAUACUAGUUUAAUAGGGUAUUGUUCCCAGAAUACAAAAACUUUGUUUUCAGAAGGUGCUUGGCAAAUAAUGCUAAAUGAUUUACCUACAGAAUUUUUAAAAAAUUAUGAAAUUGAACAAAUUAAGAAAAUAGCUAGUGCAAACCAACAUCAGUGUAUCAAAAUACCAUUUCUUGCAGGUAUAAUAGAAAGUAUAGAUUACAGUCAUGAAAAUCCUUCUAUUGUGUUGAAAGACUUUACAGAUAAAAUUGAAGGAACAAUACAUGCAGAUAUUCCUGCAGAAUAUCCUGGCACUUUAGAGAAAAAUGUUGUAAUUUUAUUACAAAAUGUAGGAUUAUUAUGUAUUUCAGGGACGUUUAUUAUUCAUAAAUAUCAUAUUCUAAUUUCGCCUUCAAAUUUAUUAGCAAUUUAUUCUUAUACAGGAGAUAUUAUACAUACACUACAUAUGCAAUUUUUAAAGAAAGAAUUCUGCAUAAUUGAAUCUAAAACAUCAAAUUUAAAUAGACUUCAAAAUGAUAAUUAUAAUAUAAAAGAAAAAAAUUUAGGUAGUUCAUAUAUUCAUCAAGAAAAUAGUUCAUUCUCUAAAAAAAAUUAUAGCAAAACUUAUAGAAAUUUCAACCAAUCAAAUGAUUCUGAUAUUGAUCCAGGCACAUUUCUAUUUUCUAUGGAUUUAAAUGAAGUUAAUAAUUCUCAUAAUCAGAAAAAUUUCAACAAAUCAAAAUUAUCAACGAAUUUAUUUGAAGAAGAGAAAAACACAAACUUCAAACAUAGGAUUAUAGUAAAAGAAAACAAGGAAAAUAUACAUGAUAAUGAAACUACAUCUCUACAAGUCUCAACAGAUACUUCUUUAAAAUAUCUUCAAGAUCAAGAUAUAAAUCUCAGUGAUAAAAGAGAAAAUAAUAAUAAAAAUCAGAAUGUAUCGAUAAAAUCAAGACUUUCUAUUUUUAAAUGCAGAGAUGUUGUAACACCAAUAGAAUUAAUUUUUAGACAUGAGAAUUUGCAUACCAAAGCAAUAUUACAAAAUAAUAAAAAUAAAUCUAAUGAUAAACAAACACUAUCAGUGGAUAGAAAUUGGACUGAAAAUAUAUUACACAAUAACGAUAAUGAUUCUGAUGAUGAAAUGUUAUCACAAUUAGAUGUAGACAGUAUAGCUAGUUAUUAUGAUCAAAAAAGUUAAGUGCCUAUUCUUUAAAUUAAUUCUUUCUCAGGUAUUAUAUUCAUUUUAAAAGAAUAAGUUAGUGACCUACAUCAAAAUUUAAGAAAUAUAAUUAUAAAUUUAUAUUUUAUAAAUCUAUAUAAACU